AUGAAACCUGAAUCUACAGGACAGCGACUAAAACUGAGCUGUGAUUCCUCCUGCACUUUAACAUCUGAAAAUGAUUACCGCUGGUACAAGAAUGGAGAAUAUUUAACACAUAACCAAAGCAUAUUUGUGUCAUCCAGUGGAAACACUGACAGUUAUUCCUGCUCUAAGUUUGUUUUUGGGUACUCUUCAUCUAUUUGUCUUUCUAACAGUAGUUGGGGUGUGAAUUACACCUCUACAAGAGUUUGUGCUUUAGUGGGAUCAACAGUAGAUAUUCACUCUUCAUACUCACAUCGCACUGGAGAUACAGUAGAGAAAACAUACUGGCAUUACGAUUAUCGCAGGGAACUCAGUGAUCUGCGUGAGUAUCUUCAGUUUUUUGGUCGUGUGGAGUAUCUGGGAAACACACUGAGAAUCAAAGACGUCAACAUGAGUGACACUGGAUUUUAUCAGUUCAGGAUCAUCACUAACACAUCAGAUGAAGUUUCUGGUUCUCCUGGAGUCACUCUUACUGUUACAGAUACACGAGUGAGAAGCAGUCCAGACCCUGUGAUAGAUGGAGAAAAAGUGAUAUUAAGCUGUUCAACCAGAUGCACUCUGGAUAACAAACAUACUUACAUCUGGUAUAAGAAUGGACAACAGGUAACAGAUGGAUUGAGAUUAUUAAACAAGCUGUACCUGGACUCAAUCAACAGUGAGGAGCUACAAGAGUAUUCCUGUACUGUAAGAGCAAUGAACAAAACCAAUGAAGAGAUGGAUGAAACUAUUAAAGAAAUGGACAAAACCAAUGAAGCAAUGGACUUUCUCCCUCUGUUGGUGUUUCUGCCUCAGUUUCUCAUUAUAGGAGCUGUAUGGAUCUGGUUUUUCAUCAGCAUGAAUAAAUUGAACUCAUCUAAAAACAAAACUGAUGACAAACAAAUAGAGAUGUUGCAGGUCUGUGAGUAGAUCAGCUGUCUGUCCAUCAGAACUACUGGAGUGAUGUCACAACUCUCUUUAUGACAUCAUCACCUAGCAACAGUCUCUCAGCAGUGACAUCAGUGAUGCAGUGAUGUCAUAUACAGUGACAUAUUAAUGACAGCUCAGUGUAAAUAAUCUAAUGGUCAAAUACAUGAAUUAUUCAUUGAAGUAUUGAGUUUAUCAUUCAACAGUCUUGUGUCAGUGUCAGAUCAACUGUAACAUCACAAUGCAUAAAUCCUGUAAAAACUUUGCUAUAGUUUUACAAGAUUGAAACAAUAAACUCUCCAUGUUGAUUUGGGAUUU